AAGAAUUUUUGAAUUUUUGUUGGUUUCAAUAUAAAAUGUUUGAGCCUUAUGUGAAAAUCAAGAAAAAGCGUCAUCUAAAUGAAAUCUAUCAAAAUGAGAAUGUUGUUGUCGAUGUGAAUUUAGAGCAACAGCAACAGCAGCAACAGCAGCAGCAGCAGCAACAAUCGCAGCAGCUACCAACUGAUAAUUGUUGCUGUCAAGAAGAAGUGCAACAUAAUGCGGCCAAUAACAAUAGCAACAAUAGCAACAGCAACAGCGUGUUAAGCAGCGUUUUGGCCACGCCGCCCGAAACGGCAAUAGCAACAGCAGCAGCAACAGCAACAGCAGCGGCUAGUAGCAGUAGCAGUGGCAACUGCAGUCGACUGCAGCAAUUGAUAUCAACGCCUCCAGUAUUACUGCGCAGAUCAUCGCUGUCGACGCAGCAGCAGCAGCAGCAGCAGCAACAGCACCCACAUAUUUUAUCGACACCACCGCCAACACCGCCGCAGCAACCAAUUGCUGCUGCAGCAGUGCCUUCAGUUUUGCAACAACAUUUGGGUCACCUGAAUUACGAAAGUGGAGCAACUGCAACAGUAGCAGCACCAGCAACUAGUAGAAGUAGCUCAGCAACACUGGCGCAACAUUUGGCAACACCUAGCAACAUAUACGGCAGCAGCAGCAGCACCAGCAGCAACAACUUGCAAAACAUUUUGACCCGUUCACAAAGUUCCUCAAACAUUGCCUCCUCUUCAUACUUAUCGACAUCCUCCACCUCGUCCUCCUCCUCCUCCUCAUCAUCCACCUCCUCCUCAUCCUCGUCGUCGAACAAUUGCAGCAGUGCCUGCAUAGGCAAUACACACUACAACGGUGGCAACAACAACAACAACAGCAACAGCAUUCACCACAGCAACAGCAUUAUAGCUAGCCGUUUAUUUGGUGCCGCCUCUUCUUCUUCAACAGCAGCCUCCUCAUCCACCAGCAACUUGUCGUCGUCGUCCAACUCCUCCUCGUCGUCGGCGGCUUCUUCGACACCGCAUCUACAUAGCCAUCAUUCCGCCCUGACCAAUUCCAUUACAAAUCGCAUCAAUCAGUCUAUAAGGCGGCAUCUCAACCAGCAGCAACAUCAUCAACCCAUCAGUACGGCCUCCUCAACGAAUUCUGCAAUAUUAUCAGCAUCCUCCUCCUCCUCCUCCUCGUCAACUGUGUCUUCUUUGCCGCCCUAUCAGCACCACCACCAACAGCAGCAACAACAACAUUUUAAUUGCUCGCAUCCUGCACAACAACAACAACAACAACAGCAUCAUCAUCACCACCACAGCAGCAGCAACAACAAUAACCACCAACACCAUCAUCAUCAUCACAACAACAACAACAACAGCAACAACAACAAUCAACAACAACCACAACAAUCUCCUCUGUGCCUAGUAUUAUUAGUUAAAUGCCCCAAUUCUAAGGAAUUUUGUAACGCCGCCGCAAAUUUCUGUGAUAAAAGAUUGCCGGUAAACGAAUGUCAGGCAAGCCAAACAGCUAGAGUCACGUCGAACCUGCACGCAUCCAGUAGCACGAUGGCGGUCAGUCGUGUACCAUCGCCACCCUUGCCGGAAGUUAAUACUCCAGUUGCAGAGAAUUGGUGUUACACACAGGUCAAAGUGGUUAAAUUUAGUUAUAUGUGGACCAUAAAUAACUUUAGUUUUUGUCGGGAAGAAAUGGGUGAAGUACUCAAAUCGUCCACAUUCUCUGCCGGUGCUAAUGACAAACUAAAAUGGUGUUUACGCGUUAAUCCCAAAGGUCUGGAUGAGGAGAGCAAGGAUUACUUAUCACUAUAUUUACUAUUAGUUUCCUGCAAUAAAUCAGAAGUCAGAGCCAAGUUCAAAUUUUCCAUUUUAAAUGCUAAGCGUGAGGAAACCAAAGCUAUGGAAUCCCAACGAGCUUAUCGUUUCGUUCAGGGCAAAGAUUGGGGCUUUAAGAAAUUCAUACGACGCGAUUUUCUCUUGGAUGAGGCUAAUGGCCUGCUGCCCGAGGACAAGUUGACCAUAUUCUGUGAGGUUAGCGUUGUGGCGGACAGUGUGAACAUCUCCGGACAAUCCAAUAUUGUGCAGUUCAAAGUGCCCGAAUGUAAACUAUCCGAGGAUCUUGGCAAUCUAUUUGACAAUGAAAAGUUUAGUGAUGUAACGCUCUCGGUUGGAGGCCGUGAGUUUCAGGCGCACAAGGCCAUAUUGGCAGCGCGCAGCGAUGUCUUUGCGGCCAUGUUUGAGCAUGAGAUGGAGGAACGUAAGCUGAAUCGUGUAGCCAUAACCGAUGUGGAUCAUGAGGUUCUUAAAGAAAUGCUACGAUUCAUAUACACGGGCAAGGCGCCAAAUUUAGAAAAAAUGGCUGAUGAUCUCCUAGCGGCUGCUGAUAAGUAUGCACUCGAAAAGCUGAAAGUGAUGUGCGAGGAGGCGCUGUGCGUCAAUCUUUCUGUAGAAACAGCAGCCGAAACCUUAAUAUUAGCUGAUCUCCAUAGUGCGGAUCAAUUGAAAGCACAAACGAUAGAUUUCAUUAAUACUCAUGCCACCGAUGUGAUGGAAACUUCCGGCUGGCAAAAUAUGAUCACAACACAUUCACAUUUGAUAGCGGAGGCAUUUCGUGCGCUCGCAACACAACAAAUCCCACCAAUUGGACCACCAAGGAAGCGGGUGAAAAUGAGCUGAAACACCAAUUUAGAAAGAAAAUGCAUCAUCCAAGAAACUACAACUACAACAACAACAACACCAAUUAAAGAACAAGCCAAUAACCAUAAUUGCAAUAGAACUGUUAAUAAAUAUAAAAAACAUGUGAAA